AUGUGUGCUCCUAAGAAGCAGUGGGACAACGCCACCUGGCUGGUGACCGAGUUUGUGCUGGUGGGUUUCUCCGACCUCCCCCACCUGCGGGCCACCCUCUUCGCGCUCUUCUUCCUCAUGUACCUGGUCACCCUGAGCGGCAAUGUCACCAUCAUCGCCAUCAUCCAGGCGGACCGGACCCUGCACACGCCCAUGUACCGCUUCCUGGCGGCGCUGUCCCUCUCGGAGACCUGCUACACGCUGGUCACCAUCCCCAACAUGCUGGCCCGCCUGCUCACGGACAGCCAGGCCCUCUCCAUCGCCGGCUGCCGGGCCCAGAUGUUCUUCUUCCUGGGGCUGGGCUGCAGCCACUGCUUCCUCCUGACCCUCAUGGGCUACGACCGCUACGCGGCCAUCUGCCACCCGCUGCGGUACCCGCUGCUCAUGAGGCCCCGCGUGUGCCUGGGCCUGGGCGCCCUGGUGUUCGGCGCCGGCUUCUCGGUGGCCCUGGCGGAGACCUGCAUCGUCUUCUCGGCGCCCUUCUGCGGCGGCGGCCGCGUGGAGCACUUCUUCUGCGACCUGGCGCCGGUGCUGGCGCUCAGCUGCGCCGGCCGGGGCGCGGGCCGGGCGCUGGCCCUCUUCUUCCUCAGCGUGCUGGUGGUGCUGGCCUCCUUCCUGCUCAUCCUGCUGUCCUACGCGCUCAUCCUGGCCGCGCUGCUGCGGAUGCCCUCGGCCGCCGGCCGGCGCAAGGCCUUCUCCACCUGCGCCGCGCACCUCACCGUGGUGGCCGUGCACUUCGGCUGCGCCUCCCUCGUCUACCUGCGCCCCGCGUCCCCGGGGGACCCCGCCCGCGACCGCCUGGUGGCCGUCUUCUACACGGUGGUGACGCCGCUGCUGAACCCCGUGGUGUACACGCUGCGCAACCGGGAGGUGCGGGAGGCGCUGCGGAGGGCGCUGGCGCGCGGCCGCGGGGUGUGCGCGUAG